CGGUCCCGGCAAACGGAAGAACAGCCGAGCAUGCCCCGAGACAACAUGGCUUCCCUGAUCCAACGGAUCGCCCGCCAGGCGUGCCUCACCUUCCUGGGCAGCGGGGGUGGCCGCAGAGCUUCUGACCUUGGCUCGGCGUCUAGCCCGGAGGCGCCUAUGCCUCCUGGCUUCCCUGAAAACCUGAGCAAGCUGAAGAGCCUGCUGACCCGUCCGCGUAAGGCCACGCUGCAACCGCUGUCGCCCAACCUACCGCCGGUCACCUACAUGCAUAUAUACGAGACUGACGGCUUCAGCCUUGGCGUUUUCCUGCUCAAGAGCGGCACGUCCAUCCUGCUCCACGACCACCCUGGCAUGCACUGUAUGCUCAAGGUCCUCUACGGCACCGUGCGCAUCAGCUGCAUGGACAAGUUGGAGGCGGGCAGCGGGCAACGACCACGGGCCCUGCCGCCAGAGCAGCAGUUCGAGCCGCCGCUGCAGGCCCGAGAGCGGGAAGCUGCGCGGCCCGGAGUUUUGCGCUCUCGGGCUGAGUACACUGAAGCCAGCGGCCCCUGCAUCCUCACCCCUCACCGGGACAACCUGCACCAGAUCGACGCGGUGGACGGACCCGCUGCCUUUCUGGACAUCCUGGCCCCACCCUACGACCCGGACGAUGGCCGUGACUGCCACUAUUACCGGGUGCUGGAACCUGUCAGGCCCAAGGAGGCCUCUGGCUCGGCCAGUGACCUGCCCCGAGAGGUGUGGCUCCUGGAAACCCCUCAGGCUGAUGACUUCUGGUGCGAGGGAGAGCCCUAUCCAGGUCCCAAGGUCUUCCCUUGAAGCAAACGGCGCCACGGAGCGUUGGGCAGAAGACAUGCCGUACCCUUAUCAGCCUGGUUGGCUGUGACCCACCACAAGGGCUCUCUCUCUCUGCCCACUCUGCCAGGUGUUGGAUGUACUGGAGUGAGCCACAGCCGGUUCCUCUGCAGCUUGGGAACGAGGGCGACUGGACCACAGCCACCCAGCACGGUUAUGGGAGCGGGGUGGGCGGGCGGGAGGCUAGGUUUCCUGGUACUGUCAUUGCCACUGGGGCUUUCAUCUGUGGGAAUGGGCUGGGGACUCUGAAGCGCUUCCAUCCUAGAGCCAUAAUGAAAAUAUGCUUCCUCGGUAAACCAUUCUGUACAGAAUACACUAAAUGAUUUUCUUAAUCCCACUCCUUUGGUAAAUAGGAUUUGGUUUUCACUGCUGCCCUUAUGACCAUUUGAUCCUUAUAGUUUUAACUUAUUGACUGAACAUGACCCAGUGGUUUGAAUUGUUUGUAGUUCAAGGAUUGGUACAAACCAAGUUCUAAGAGUUGAGCUACUUUGAAAGUGAGUUGUCUUGC